GGGUUGUGUUGUGUUGUGCUGGGUUGGGUUGUACAUAGCCACCCCCCUGUUGCAUUGAGAGCCCAGUGCUGAAAGUUUCCAAGCUUUCAAGGGUUUCAAGGCUCCGCAUGGCGACUCUGCCUGAGCUCGUGCAUCUCACAGCAUUGCACGCGGAGCAGCUCCUGGGUCAUGUGUGCGUUUGAUGUCGGGAGUGGUGAUACAGGAAUGGGGAUGUGAAGAAGAAGAAGAAGAAGAAGACGACGAAGAAUCCUUUGAUUGCAUGGCAAGUAUAUUGGUGACGUUUGGGCUCGUGGGACUGGACAUAAGGGGAAGAACAGAAUUAGGAGAUUAAUGGGUUGCCAUGGGGCAUUGUAGCUUCUUUGCCCGCUCGUUUUUUUCUGAUCAUCGAGAGUGAGAUCUCCAAAUUGAAGUGUAAUGGGAGAGGGUGGGGGGAGCGGCGGAGAACACAAGGUUUGCGCAGCAUGCAUUCGUGUGUGUCAGACCACUCACGGGACAGGACUCCCUCUAAUAGUCCCGAGGUUCUUAAAGACAAUUCCCGAAUAUUCAACGCCGUCUAAUAAGAACUGUAACCUGAAAAUUCCUGCUGUGUAUAUCAGAGAGUACAUAGGCAUGUACUCGAACGAGACCUACAUCUUGGAGGACGUUACAGGGUUUGAAUGGGUUGUAACUUUCAGCAGUGCAGCACUGAGAGAUGGCUGGAAGGCAUUUGCAAUUGAUUAUCAGUUGGAGAAGGGAGAUCAAAUUAUGCUUGGCCUCCUUGCCAUGAAGCGAUUUUCUGUGAAUGUGUUUAAUAAGUUCGGCUUAGAGAAAGUAAGCACAAGACAACCUUUGAAUCGAAGGAGCUCAACGGGUACUGUGAUUGAUAAGGAAACUGAACUGUUGCCUCUAGUUUCAAAGCCCAUGAGAGGAGUUGCAGAAGAUCCACCCUUGAACUUGGUACAUUCCAAAGCAACGAAUCGCAGAGAGAAACUAAAUGGUUCUCCUCAACAUGACUCUCAGAUGCCAGAGUCCAACAGUUUCUGUUCAGUUCUGCCAGCUGAGGCCUCUGAUCAAAACGAGAACAAGGUAACGAAGGGGAUCUUGCGGAGCAGGGGAUCUUUUGAAUGGAAUCUUCUUCACGAACAAGUGGACCGUGACGAGGCGAAAACCUCUGUAAUGAACAUGUCGUCCGAGGAAUCAGAAGACUCGGUGCAAGUGCUUUUGGCUAAGGCUAUUUUAGCUAAGGCGAAACAGAGAAGGUUGAAGAAGAGAAAAAUGGCCUUUGCUGGUACUUCUCCUGUCGAAACGAGAACAGAGGCUACCUACUCUGAACGCAUUUUCAGGAAUGAAGUCUCUAAAAUCUUUGAAGAUAAAAUAAGGGCAAUGAAUCUUAAGAGUAGGAAUGUGGGUAUGGCAAGUAGCGGUUCAGCGGGACUGAGCAGUGGUGAUUUGAUUGACAGCCUAAAGAACGACUUCGCUGCAUCACAUUAUGACACUGGCGCUGUUAAGUCUCGUGAGGAUCCUAAAGUCUCGAUGAAUGGGAAUAAUGACCAUGAUGUUGAAGUUUCCCAAGUUGAUGUCUGUCAUAGGAGAUACGAACCCCAGAAUCAGAAUGAGAUUACUGACCAACUAGGGGUAGUUAAGGAGAUUUCUCUUCCAGACCACAGACAAACUGAGGUUAGAACGCAGACGAAAACAGCUAGAGUUGAAAUUGAGGAUGAUCCUAUGAGGAGGAGAGUAGAGAUAAGACAAGUAGGGGUACUUCGGAGUGAGCCAGGAGGUAGAGAUCAACCCAUUUCUGUUUUUCAACCAGCUUUGGUAAAACAGGAACCUAGCUUAAGCCUUGGGAAUAAUCUGGGGUCUGCAAUGGCAGCUGCCCGGGCUCAUUCUCAUGACAACGAAAAAUCUGCAAAUUGUGGUUUUGCUACUGUCGCAGCAAACCACAGAUUUGGAGCUGUUACGCUAGUAGGCCCCAGAACUCGAGAGUACAGGAACCUCAAACGUGACUACAUGACGUCGGAAGACCAAGAGCCUCCAGAUGCCAUAAGUCCAAAUUCAAACGCUCCAAGUUCCCUCGCGGGAGACAAUAAACUAAGAGAGUCCCAAAAGCAGGCAUAUGAAGUAGCGAAAGCUUUUUCGGUCAACACUAAAAAUCCAAGCGCUCUUCUACUGAUGAGAACCAGAGCUUCCAAGAACACGUACACUUGUUUCGUCUCAGUUGAAUGUGCAGAAAUACUUCCGACGGUGCCCGCAGAGUUGAUCUUGAUGGACACUGAUGGCGUGAUGCGCAAAGUUGACUGGAGACCUGGACUACGAUAUCUAUACGGUCAGGGGUGGAAGGACUUCGUAGAGACGCACAACAUUCAAGCAGGCGAUGUCUGUGUGCUGGAGAAAACUGACAUGUUUGAGUACAAGGUCUUAAUCCACGUUUUUCGUUCUAACGACAUUGAAAGGGUCUCCCCUGCCCAAGCUCCUGCAGCCACACCCAAAUUUGGAGCAUCUCCUGGAGGAAAGUUCCGUGCAGAAGGAAAGCGAGAUCGACGAGCAAAUAGCCCUUUGUUGCCUUGCACAGACAAGUUUAGGAAGUGCUUAACGAAAGCACCCACCAACGGGGUUGAGGAGGGGGAGCUUCCUAAAUCUGCGGACGUUGAAUCAGCUGGAGUGAAGAGACCAGGUUCCUUUCGUGAGAGAGAAGGGGCAGCGAGACGAGGAUCAGCGGGACAAUCGCUGUUUGCUACCCACGCGCAAAUUCGGAAGGUUGCGGAAGCUGGGACGAGGUCGAGCCCGCCAAGUGCGGUAGUGGACAAGCAGCAGGAACAACAGGCAACACCAUCCCAGGAUGCUCGCAAGCAUUACGUAGUACAGAAAUUGAUUGAUCGGCGGAAGAGCUUGCAGGGGUUGGUGUUUCUGGUUGAGAUCAACGAAGAGAUCAUGCCACUGGUUGGCAGCAAGAAGAAGACGAAGAUAGGUGCCACGCAGGAUGAGAGAGGGCGAUGGUGGGUGCCGCACCACCAUUUCAAUUUCGAUUUCAGCAGCUGUUACAUUGAGUGACAAGGCUGGGAGGUAUAAGAUCGUCAUCUCUCCAAUUUCAGCAGCAACCACUAAUUUUGAGAAAGGUGUUAUGAGGGAAAUUAUGGCACGGUUAUUUUUAUGGGCAUUGUUUAGGUCUACUGAACAUGUCCCAUCUGCGAAAACAUGAGGUCCUAGACCCAACAAUAUAUUGGUGGGAUAAGUGAAGAAGGCGUGAAGGUGCCAUGAAGAUGAAUCUGAAAAAGUAAAUUUCUAUCUAUGGUCAAUAACACCAAGUGGAUGUGGUUGUGUAUAAGAACCCUUCCGUCGUAAUUUGUAUCACUUGUUACCAAAAAGGCCAAGUUGAAACUCA